AAUACCUGUAGUAAUUUUUGCUGUCUUCUGUCUGGCCAGGAAGUGGUUAUAGUAAGUGCCACAAGAACGCCCAUUGGAUCCUUUCUGGGCAGCCUUUCAUCCUUGCCAGCCACUCAGCUUGGUUCCAUUGCAAUUCAGGGAGCCAUUGAAAAGGCAGGGAUUCCAAAGGAAGAAGUGAAGGAGGCGUACAUGGGGAAUGUGCUACAAGGAGGCUCGGGACAGGCCCCUACAAGGCAAGCGGUCUUGGGCGCAGGGUUACCUAUCUCUACCCCGUGCACCACUGUGAACAAAGUCUGCGCUUCAGGAAUGAAAGCCAUCAUGAUGGCCUCUCAGAGUCUUAUGUGUGGACAUCAGGACGUGAUGGUGGCAGGGGGCAUGGAGAGCAUGUCCAAUGUGCCCUACGUGAUGAACAGAGGCGCGACGCCGUACGGAGGGGUGAAGCUGGAAGACCUGAUAGUGAAAGAUGGGCUAACUGAUGUCUACAAUAAGAUUCACAUGGGUAACUGUGCUGAGAAUACUGCAAAGAAGCUGAACAUCACAAGAGAUGAACAGGAUACUUACGCUAUAAGCUCUUACACCAGGAGCAGAACAGCAUGGGAAGCUGGAAAAUUCGGAAACGAAAUUAUUCCGGUCACAAUUGCAGUAAAAGGUAAACCAGAUGUAGUGGUAAAAGAAGAUGAAGAAUACAAGCGUGUUGAUUUCAGUAAAGUUCCGAAGCUGAAGACAGUUUUCCAAAAAGAAAAUGGCACCGUAACAGCGGCCAACGCCAGCACGCUGAAUGAUGGGGCAGCUGCCGUGGUCCUGAUGACUGCAGAGGCAGCCAAGAGGCUCAACGUUAAGCCGCUGGCCAGAAUAGCAGCGUUUGCGGAUGCCGCUGUGGACCCCAUUGACUUUCCGGUUGCGCCUGCCUAUGCUGUGCCCAAGGUACCGGCCACCACUGUGUGCAGACUGCUGGUUUGCAUGUGAUAAGGUCACAGUUUC